AUGGCUAGUAUUGAUCUUGUACCUGUUCGUGUCGGCGAACGGCUUGUACGCCUGUAUUUCGUGCCUUUUGCCGAAGCCGUCAUGCUUCGAAUUCAGUUUCACGUGCAGUUGUCUGGCACGCUGUCUGAUGCGCAAAACCGGCAGGGACUAUCAGUUCUUGAGGCAGCCAAUUCGUUACAGCCGAGUGAUUUUGUGGACAUGUUGCAUGGCGUUCUCAGCAGUUUGGUUUAUUCUUCGUCACUGGAGCUUCUCGUUCAUAUUCCAGGACAUUCUAUCCCUGGCGUUCGUCGUGACAUCGAUCAGAUAUCUGCGUUUGCCGUCGUUGAAAGUACGUGGUUGACCUUGCUUCUUAGUUCAUUCCUGCUUUAUGACAUUUUCAUGGUGUUCAUUUCGCCGUUCGUUACUGGGGGGUGUAACAUCAUGUUGUACGUAGCCACUGGUGGAACAUGUAAUGAAGAGCACUUUGGACCCCCGGACAAUUCUAGGGAACGA